AUGGCAUUGUUAAGGCAAUCUGCAGCUCUGCCCGCUGAGGUCAAAGAUGCCAAAAACACCAUUCUCAAUGGCGCAUUGAAACUUCGUCAGCUUGUAUCCGGUCCAGUCGAAUUCCAUCAGGAAAUGAUUAUCAAUUACCAAAUGAUGGCUUGUUUGAGCUGGCUUCUUCGUUUUGAUAUCCCCGAACAUGUGCCUCUGACUGGCAGUAUUACCUAUGAUAAAUUAGCACAAAAGGCUCGGGUUCCUGUUAUCCAUCUCCAACGGGCUGUUCGCUUAGCCAUUGCCAACGGCGUUUUUAGUGAGAAAAACAACAUUGAAGUUUUUCACAACGACAUGUCAGCGAGUUUCUGCACAAACCCAGAUUUUUCAGCCACCAUGAAGUGGAUGGGCGAUUCAAACGCACCCGUAGCGGCGCGAUUUGCUGAUAUGACGGAGAAGUGGAACGGUUCAGGGUCGACUAUCCAUACGGCACACAACCUAGCCAGAAACACAGACCUAUCAUUCUAUUCCUAUCUAAGCCAGACGCCCGGAGUCAUGGCUAAGAUGGCUGGAGCAAUGCGUUUCGUUGGCGGUAGCGAGGAGCUUCAUAUCAAACAUCUUGUGAGUGGCUACGAUUGGGCCAAGUCUGGCAAAGCAGUGGUUGUUGAUAUGGGUGGCUCCCUGGGUCACGCUAGCAUUGCUUUGGCUGAAGCACAUCCGGAUCUUUCCUUUAUCGUUCAAGAUCUACCUGGGCCUGUCGAAAAAGGCAAGCUCUCCGCUGCCAACCUUCCUGCAGCAAUCGCUUCUCGCGUGACAUUUGAGGCGCACAAUUUCUUCCAGCCACAAACCCGUAAAGGAAGCUCCCAACCAACGAUAUUUCUUAUGCGUCAGGUCCUGGCAAACUGGCCGGACGAACAUGCACGACAGAUUUUGGCAAGCCUGGUGCCUUCGCUUGAGAUGCAGCCCAAAUCAACAAGGCUUUUGAUCAUGUCGAAAAUUUUAAAUCCGCCUUCCGAUCCAAGUCGCCUGGAUGUUGGGCCGAGAGAAGAGGCAAUAGAUCGCGCACAUGAUGUAUUUAUGCUACAGGCAAUGAAUGGAAUGGAGCGAAGCAUGGAGGAAUGGAAGCGUCUGUUCGCCACCGUCGACCAGCGUUUGGUCGUGGAAACGGUUACUACGCCACUAGGAAGCCAACUGAGUAUUAUCGAAGUAGUUCUGAAGCCCCAGACUGCUUGCGCUUAG